UUGGCACGAUGUUAUAAGCGAUCAUUCAAAGAUAAGCGUGCAAGCGAAUUAGAUAACUUGAACUUUUUUUCUUGUGUUGCUGUUUUGGAAAAAAAAAAUUAAGACGCGUUACCGGACUAAUACCAAAAUGACCAGUCGAAAUUAAUAGGUACCUAUGUAUAACAAAUUGAAAUUUCUUCAAGAAAAUAUUUAUUAUAUAAAAUAAUAAUAUAUAAUCAUAUACAUUACGUAUAUAAUAUAAAGAAAGCAGAGCACGAAGAUAGUAAUUUUGGAGCUUUGAUAUUAUUCAUAAGUGUAAUAAAAAAUAUAAAUGAAAAGGAAUUGUCAAUAAUAUUUUAAUAAUGAAUAUUUUCAUUUAAUAAUAAUUUCAAAGAGUAAUUCAAUUACACAUAUUUACCUUAAAUAACAUAGAAAAUAACCUUUAAGCUGAAUGAACUCAUAAAAUUUGGAAAAUAAAACCAAGUAAAACUAUAUUAUAUUCAUUUUACAAUUUUAUUAUUAUUAUACCGGUUAAAAAAAAAUAGUACAAGGUAACAUUGAAAAACCAACCAUAUAGAAAAGAAAACGAAAAACAAAAAUAAAUAAACAAAGAAUUUAAAGAAAAGAGCAGAAAAUAAAGAAAAAACAAAUUAAAAUUUAUUAAAAUUAAAGUUGAAAAAAAAAUAUUACAAUUGGUAGCAAUUUAUAAGACUGACUAUACAAUUAAAUACAAGAAAAAACCAAAAUACAAAAAAAAAAAAAAUUCAUAUACACGCAGUCAAUGAAUUCUACAUGCUGUUAAAAAAGAAUGUUAAAAUUAUGUAAAAUUAACGCUUGCCCAAAUGGAACACUUGGUAUACAUUUAAGUCGUGCUCCAUAUGAUCCUUAUCCAUGGGUAAGUGGUGUUUUAGAAAAUUCAAGUGCAUAUCAAUCUGGUAUUAAAAUUGGUGAUACUGUAUUGGAAUGUAAUGGUAUUGAUGUAUUAGGAUGGAAAAUAUCAGAAUUAGCAAUUAAAAUACGUAAUCAUUGGGAUUGUGGCGGUAAAACAGUAAAUUUUUUAAUAUGGCGAAGUAAAAAUGAUGUUACCACAUCGACUAUAAAUCAACAAUCAUUACAAAAAUUUGCAACAUGCCUUCAAAAUAUUGCACAAUUAUUAGAGUGUCCAAUAUGUCUUGAGGUUAUAAAACCACCUGGAUGGCAAUGUUGUAAUGGUCACGUAUUAUGUAAUAGCUGCCGUAAUCGUUCAGUUAAAUGUCCCGUAUGUCGUGUACCAUUUGGUCCAAGAGGUCGUUGUCUUUUAUCUGAUAAAUUAUUUACUUUAUUGGCAGAAACUUUUCCUUGUGAUGGAACUAAAAAUGGUAGUAAUAAAAAUGGACGAUGCCCACCGGAAAAUAUUAAAAACAAAAAAUGCAAUAUUUCAAAGAAAAUAACAUCAAUAGAAUCACCUCUACCUUCAGUUACACAAACACUUACCGAAAUGAGAAAUCCACUUGUCAAUACAAGUAAUGAAAAUAAUUCAAUAACAACAUUUGGGACAACAAGAAUAAUUAAAGUUGGUGAAGAAGUACGAACAUCACCAAUAAAAACUCGAAAUAAUCAAAAUACAUACGAUAGAAUCCCUCAAGAACUAACAACAACAACGAUACCAGCAAUUCCGUCUACAACUUUUCAAACAAGAUCUAUUGAAACAAACCAUCAACCAUUAAUUGUAAACAGAAAAUAUUUGGAACCAAUUCAAAACAUUUCUACUACUGCCACUACUACUACAGCUUUAUUACCACAUACAACAAUUGUUCCUUUAUCACCAGUAUUAUCAACAACAAUAACAACAAAUAUUAUUGAAAAAAUUGAACCGCUACCAAUGCAUAUGACUAAUAAUAUUUCAUGUAUGAGUUCAGGAUCAACAGAAAUAGCAGUUAAUUCAAAUCUCAAAGGAUCUACAGAAAACAAACUUGAAAAACAAAUUAUAACUUUAAAGGUUAAAUCAAAAUCUUCAGAAAAUCUAAAUUUUUUUAGAGUAGAAAAAGAAACAAAAGAAUUAGAAGAGAGAAAAGUGAAAGAAACAUUAUCACUGCCAGCAUCACCGGUAUCUAAUUUAGUUAAUUCAAAAAAAAAUUCUAAAAUCACCACAAAAAUGUCCCCAGGAUAUGAAACAUUACUGCCGACUACAACAAAUACCAAACAAAUAAAUGAUAAAAAUGAUAUUGAAGCUACUGUUGUAUGCCCAUCACUUUCUUUAUGGUUAAAUUUUAUACAAGAACAUAAAAAUUAUCAUUGCUCAACUGGGAAAUCAACUUGUAUUAUUGACAAAAUUGAUGAAAUUUUUUCAAAUUCAACAUCAAAAUAUUGUCAUCAAAAAUAUUGUCAUCAAACGGCAAAAAAAUUAUUAAGGACAACGAUGACGAAAACGGUACCGAUGACGACUACAAAAACAACCUUGAAUCAAAAAUUAUUAGAAAAAAAUUUAGAACAAAAUGAUAAAAUAAUUAAUAAAAAAAUAUUCUCUUCAUAUAAUGAUGAUGAAAAACAAUUUCAAAAUUUUAAAUUAGAUCAGGAAGAUCAAUUAAUAAAUUUUCCAACCAAAGAAGAAAUAAUUAAUAAGAAUUUAAAUUCUGAAUAUGAAAUAGAAUGACAGAGAAAUUUUUUUUGAGAAUGUUAUUUGUACUUAUGUGCUCUUUAAUAAUGUAAACUGAAAAAAUUUUAAUUAAAUGUAAUGGUGCUAAAUUUAAGUUAUAAUAGUGUGGUUUAAUCAAAAAAAAAUUUUUUUUUCAAGUCCAUAUUACUUUUCAUCAUAAUCAUCAUCCUUAUCAUCAGAAUUAUAAAAAUUUCAAUUUCUGCAUAAUGAAAAGGACAUUAAACAAGUUCAUUGAAGGAUAUUGAACCAUUUGAAACAAAAAUGGAAAAAAACUGAAAUAUCCUUAUGUACACGUAUGUCAAUAUCAUUGUGGUUUCGAUGAAAUAUUUUCAAUCGAUAUGAAUUUUGUUGAAUAAUAAAUCUAAUAUUUUUAGAUUUAUUAGAAUUGAUAAUGAUUACAUACAGCAAUAUGAUGAAUAAUAAUAAUAAUAACGAUAUUGCCACUAAAAUAUAACUAUCUCUAAUAUAAAUACUGUUAUAUUUGAUACAAAACAAUUUAUUCAAGUUUUAUAUAAAAUUUGUUCAUCCUGAAUGAUAUUCAAAAAAAAAAAAAUCACUUUUGAAUUAUGUACAGCACCGCCUCCAGAAUUAUCAAUAUCAUUUUUUUUAUAUUAUUAUUGUCAUCAUCUAUUGUAAUCAUCGCACGAAUUAAAUUACCGUCAACUGGGAAUGACACAAAAAAAAUCUUAUUUUUCAUAUUUUAUAUAAGAUAUACAAAAUAAAAAUCAUAAAUUCAGCAAUAUUUGUUUAUGAUUGUGUACAAGAUGACAACAAUUUUACUAUAUUAUACACUGAAUAGAAUUAAAUUAAAAGACCAUCAAGUAUUUUGUUACAAGAUAUUGUAAAUAUGAUUGAUUAAAUUCCAAAAGUCGAACUGUUUAAGUUCAAAUUGAGAAAUACACGUGAAAAAAUUUAAUUACUUGCAUGAUAUUAUUAAUAAAAUAUUACAUUAUGAGUAAGAUUUUACAGGGAUC